AGCACUCACUCCUCGCUUGGCCAUCCUGCUCAGUGCGCAGAGCGACUGCACAGCGGCGCAUCAGCUCAGUCAGACCUCCUCCUCUCUCCCACUCUCUCUCUCCCUCCCUCUUUCAUUCACACCAGGAUGGAUCUUCCCUCCUAGCAGAGCGCAAGUCCACUUCAGCAGUUUGCAAGUUGGGUUUUCAUUUAGGGAGACGUUUCUCCUCCUCCACAUCAGACAAGAUUUCUCAUCUCAUCGUAUCGCAAAAAAGAAAAGAAAAGAAAAAAGCCCUCCACGAUGACUCCAACUGGGUUCCAUUCACGCGCUGUGCUGCUGUUCUGCUUUAUCUCCACCACAGCGGGCAGCAGCAUGUUCGCGUUCACCGAGGAGCCAUCCGAGAGAGUCGGGAAGGCGGACGGCUACUGUAGUCGGAUAUUACGGGCUCAGAACAGUCGCAGGGAGGACAACAACGAAUUUCGCCUGCGCGUUGAGGGAGACCCCGACAGCUAUCAGCCAGGGAGCACAUACAGAGUGAGUGUGAUUGCCUCCAGUUCCUCCUACUUCAGAGGGUUCACACUUAUUGCUCUGAAGGAGGGCAAGGAAGGAGACAAGGACGAGGACUAUGCUGGAAAUUUCCAGAUAAUUGAUGAGGAGGAAACACAGUAUAUGACCAACUGCCCCCCUGCAGUGACCGAGAGCACUCCCCGCCGACGCACCAGCAUCCAGGUGUUUUGGACUGCUCCCCCGAGUGGCUCCGGCUGUGUCUUCCUCAAGGCCAGCAUUGUGCAGAAGAGGAUAAUCUAUUUCCAGGAUGAGGGCUCACUUACCAAGCGGAUGUGUGAGAAAGAAUCCCUGUACGGAAAUGCCACAGAAAAACCUCUGCUGGACUGUUGUGCCUGUGGAACGGCCAAGUACAGAGUCACCUUCUUUGGGAACUGGUCAGAGAAAAUUCAUCCCAAAGACUAUCCUCGUCGUGCCAAUCACUGGUCCGCUAUUAUUGGCGCAUCCCACUCUAAGAACUACGUGGUGUGGGAAUACGGUGGCUUCUCCAGCGAAGGAGUGAAACAGGUGGCUGAGCUGGGUUCUCCUGUCAAAAUGGAGGAGGAGAUAAGACAGAAGGGUGACGAUGUCCUGACCGUCAUCAAAAUGAAAGCGCAGUGGCCGGCCUGGCAACCACUUAAUAUACGAGCGGCUCCUUCAGCUGAAUUCUCAGUGGACCGCACACGUCACCUCAUGUCCUUCCUGACCAUGUUGGGACCUAGUCCGGACUGGAAUGUGGGUCUGUCCGCUGAGGACUUGUGUACCAAGGAGUGUGGCUGGGUCCAGAGGGUGAUUCAGGACCUGAUUCCCUGGGAUGCAGGCACUGACAGUGGGGUGUCAUAUGAGUCUCCCAACAAACCUGCUGUGCCCCCGGAAAAGAUCCGCCCUCUGACCAGCCUGGAUCAUCCACAGAGCCCGUUUUAUGAUCCUGAGGGGGGCGCUAUCACUCCUGUGGCCAGGGUGGUGGUGGAGCGCAUCGCUAGAAAGGGCGAACAGUGCAACAUUGUGCCCGACAAUGUGGAUGACAUUGUAGCAGAUAUUGCACAGGAGGAGAAAGAGGAAGAUGAUACCCCUGAGACAUGCAUCUACUCCAACUGGUCGCCAUGGUCGGCCUGCAGCUCUGCCACUUGUGAAAAGGGCAAGAGGAUGAGGCAGAGGAUGCUGAAAGCCCAGUUGGACCUCAGUGUUCCCUGCCCACACACCCAGGAUUUUGAGCCUUGCAUGGGGCCUGGGUGUAGUUAUGAGGAUGCGUCCACUUGUAUGAUGUCAGAGUGGAUCGCCUGGUCUCCGUGUAGUGCGUCGUGUGGAAUGGCCACGCGUUCCCGAGAGCGCUACGUCAAGCAAUUCCCUGAGGACGGCUCCCUUUGCACCCUGCCCACGGAGGAGGCUGACAACUGUGUGGUCAAUGAGGAAUGCUCGCCCAGCAGUUGCCUGGUUACAGAGUGGGGUGAAUGGGAUGUCUGCAGUGCUACUUGUGGUCUUGGCAUGAAGAGGCGAGAGCGCAUGGUGAAGAUGCCUCCUGAAGAUGGCUCCAUUUGUGGGGCAGAGGUGCUCGAAGUGGAGAAGUGCAUGAUGCCAGAGUGCCACACCAUCCCCUGCCUGCUGACUCCAUGGUCCGACUGGAGUGACUGCAGCGUGACGUGUGGGAAAGGAAUGAGGACGCGACAGCGCAUGCUCAAGUCCCCCGUGGAGCUGGGAGAGUGUACAGAGGAGCUAGAACAGGUGGAGAAGUGCAUGCUACCCGAGUGCCCCAUCGACUGCAUCAUGUCAGAUUGGACCGAGUGGUCCGAGUGUAACAAGUCGUGCGGGAAGGGUCACACGAUCCGCACACGCAUUGUGAGGAUGGAGCCUCAGUUCGGAGGGAACCCCUGUUCAGAAACCAUCCAGAGAAAGAAGUGCAAGACCAGGAAGUGCUCCAGAGGACAAGCCAACAGUGACGAGAAGAAACGUCGCAAGGAACAGCGCGAGAAGAGGAGGAGCAAGCAGGGGAGAGCUGAGGUCACGUCUGAGCAUCCAGGGUGUAAAAUGCGACCGUGGUCGUCCUGGACGGAAUGUACCAAACUGUGCGGUGGAGGUAUUCAAGAACGACUCGUAACGGUGAAGCAGAGGUUUAAGACUGCCCAGUUGUCCAGCUGCAGGGACAGGAGGGAGAUCAGAGCUUGUAAUGUGCACCCCUGCUAAAAAAAACAAACAAAAAAAGAGUUGGGGAAACAAGGUUGAUGUGGACAGCGGGUGGGGGUGGGCGGGGCCACUGUUUAACAAUGAUUCAGUGCUCUCUGUUUAGGGCCGAAACGGCACAUACCUGAAUCUGUUACCGGUUAAAUCCAGAGCUGAGAUCAUCUGUCAAACAAAGAGGAGAUGAACUUCUCUGGAAAACUCUCUGGAUUUAAACUCAGCCGAUUCUUCUGUGCUUUUUCAAACUAGCUCUGACACACAAACAACUCUUUUGCAAGGUUACUGUAAACUUGUUGUGGUGUAAUUCAAUCUUGAAAAUAUAAUUAUUAAAUAUAAAUUGAUUUAAUAAUACAAUAAAAAUGUUAUGAUAUCGUGGUUAUCCCUCAGUAGAACAGCAUAUUCCAGAUUUAAAAGCACAGGUGCCAAACCAUUCCAGUGUUUUCUACAGUCUGCCUUUAAUUGUUCAUUUGUUUCCAGGACACAAAAAUGUCCGUUUGACUUUCUACUCAUCUAUAUUGUUGUACAUGUAGACUCACCAUGACCAGGAUAUAUAUCUAUAUAUAUAUAUAUAUAUACAUAUGAUUUUGGCGCAUUUUUUUGCUGUGGAAAUUUUUGAUAAGAAUGUUUCCCAAGAUUCUUACCAAAGUCUUGUGUAGAUGUUUUCUAGAUGUUUCCCCCCCGUCUGUUACUUUAUCUCUCUUCCUCUAACAUAUUAAUAUUUUGGAAUAAUAUCACCUUUACAAUAAAAGUAAAUGUGACAACUUGUCA